AUGGUUGGCCUCUUAGCAACCCGCGCCCAGUUCGGUCUUAUCCUGCCAUCCACAAACACAAGCGUAGAGGCAGAAUUCAAUCGCAUGCUUGUCCCAGGUCAUACUUCCCCCGUAUCAUCACUCACCUCCUCAAACUAACUCUGAAUCUAGGCGUAUCAUGGCACUCCGGCCGAAUCUUUGCCCCCAAUCCAGACCUAUACUCCGGCGUCGCCAUGGUAAAAUUCCUCGAAGAACUGCGCGUAGAAAUGAAGCGCGCCGUCGAAUCAGUUCUCCACGCAAAGAUCGAUUAUCUAGUAAUGGGCAUGUCAGCAGAAACUUUCUGGGGCGGAGCUAAUGGAGCCCAAGAAUUCGUCUCCUUCAUGGCCUCGCUAUCAGGCGGGCUAGGAGUAACAACAGGCGCAGCAGCCUGCGGAGCAAUCAUGAAGACCUACGGCGCAAAGAACAUCGGGAUCAUAACUCCAUACCAAGAAGUUGGAGAUCAACAGGUCGUCGAUUUCUUUACCGAGAUUGGAUGCGUGGUCAAGGGGAUCUACGGUAUGAGGUGUGAGAGUGCUACUUCGAUAUCGGAGGUUACGGGGGAGGAGAUUAAGAGCGCUUUUCGGAGUGUGGAUGGGGAGGAUGUGGAGUUGUUGAUUCAGGCGGGCACGAAUUUGUUGGCUGGGAAGGCGGCGGCGGAGUUGGAGGUUGAGCUUGGGAAGCCAGUUAUUGCUAUCAAUACUGCGACGGUCUGGCAUGCGUAUAGGACGAAUGGGAUCAUGGAUAAGAUUGAAGGUUGGGGAUCAUUGUUGGAGAAACAUUAG